AUGUUCUUCAAGUGUUGUUUUGGUGUUGUCGCCGCGGCUUCUUUCAUAUUCAAUUUCUUGUUCUGUGUCCCGCUUUUAAAGAGGCCUUCCAUGUUGAAGAAAGGACACAAUAUUCUUUCGUUUAGCCUAGCGGCGGUUGAUAUGCUUACAUGUGAGUUCCGUCAGUUCCCAUACCCCAAGGGUAACCAUACGCAAAAGGAACUUAGGCACAAAUGUGUCAGCUCACUUUACUGGGUGAUGUAGGCGGUCCGUAUAAUUGGGGUGACCUCAAAAGAUUUGCAAUUAGUCUUUGAGGCAAAAUUUAAUUUAUUGCACAGUUCUUUUCACAGACUUCGUUUCAUUUCAUCAUCAGCUGAGAUUGAAAUGGUUGUAAAGCCCGUCAGUUUCAAUUGACCACGUGACGGUGCACAACAUUCAAUAGUUUUCCUAUAAUUUUGUUCUUAUUGACCAAUAAAAGACGUCGCGGAAAAGGAUCGUGUACCGUCAGAGAGCCCCCAACAUAAACUAUCUUUGAUGUUUGCCGCCUUUCAUAUCCAGUCUCGUCUGCUAAAUGUGAUUAAAUGCAUUUUGUUCUGGUUUCUUUUUUUUCUUUUCGGUUUUUUUUCUGGUUGCUACUCCAGGAUACGUCAUUUCUAAGUCCUCUUACCCAGCCCCCCCCCUCCCCGCGGAAUAGGAAGGGAGACUCUGUCGUCUGCUAGAUAACAGAUAUCCGCUGUUUGGAAUGGGCAAAAUAUCCAUUCUUCUCGUGGCCUGUCUUGCCAUUGAGAGUUGGUAG